CAUUUAAAAAGAAAGUCUUCAAGAUGUCAGUGACGAGGCUGUCGUUCAGCUUGUGGAGAAACUUGGACCGAGCAAGAGUCUCCCUGGAGACGUGGACAUGAAUCUUAUUUCAACUUUGUCUGAGCCGGAGAAGCAAAGAGACGAUCUGGCCGCCGAACGACCAUGGAAUCACGCCUAAGAUGGCGGCCCUGCCAGUGGUGCAGGCGCCUUGGGAAGAACUCAUGGAAGCGACGCUCCGUUAAUGUCGCUAUCGUUUUUCUCGGUAUUCUCGUGGCGCUGCCCGUGGGUUUGAACUGGGAGGACACCAGGUAAACCUGUGACUUGAGAAUCGCCUAGGGUUAGGGCGAGGGUUCUUAGACUUGCUUAUUUGGAGACAUAGCACCCAGACGUCAUUUGCGUGUUUUGUCCCUGGAUCCGAUAUGGUCAAAACCCUGGUACCGAUAGGGUCAAAACCCAGGUUAGCAGUAAUUUUAGGGUUCAUGUUAGGUUUAGGGAUACAUUUAGGACAUGCGUUUGCGGGUCGCGGCAUCCAAGAUAACGGCCGCGGUGCUAUCUCUCCAAAUUUACCCAAAUAAAUCUGAUUUUAUGGGUCUUCCGGACAGCAUGAGAGCGCCUGAUAAUUACUUUUGGGUUAAGGUAUCGGGUUGCUUAGAAGAUAAAGAAUACAUCGCUGUGGUUCAGAUUUUUUCAUGAGACUUCUAUAACCCUACUUUCGAUAUAGACGGGGCUCUAAAGUCAAAACUCUUAAUUAAGCAACUAUAAAGUACUGCCGAUAUGUAGUGGCCGUUACUUGACAUGGUAUACAAUCAUUUGACGCCACUGCCAGAGUCUAACACAUUUUCAGCGCUCAAGUGAAAUGUAUGUUUGUGUUAACUAAAUGGUAAAUCAAUCAAAGAAAAAUCAAUUUUAAUAUUUAUGUAAUUUAAAAAAUAAUAAAAAUAAUAAUAAAUGCUCCUUAACAUACAUUUGGUGCGGCCAUUUUUAUAUGUUCGGCCAUGUUUGGUCACAGUCGACACUGCGUACUCUAUUCUGUUACACAUGGAAAAAAAUUAAUUGAUUUUCCUUAUAGAGUUCAAUGAUAUAAUAAUGAGUCAAUGACUUAUAGCAGUAUGGGCGCCCAUACAGGACAUAUUGGGUAAAUGAGAGGCUAAAAUUAUGUAUUAGAAUCACACAUACUCUGAUUCAAUAUUAAACCAAAAGUGAAAAGCUUUGAUCGCAAAGAAGGGGCGAUGGUUAAGGGGGAGGGGGGUACGGUAUUUGCUUUUUGUCACCAUUAGCCUCGGCAAGUUUCACAUCGUUGACAAACACAUCAACCAGUGUCAAUUGUUGACUGGCUUCAAUGUCACAGAUCAACUGCUGUCAAUUGUUGACUGGCUUCAAUGUCACAGAGCAACUGCUGUCAAUUGUUGACUGGCUUCAAUGUCACAGAUCAACUGCUGUCAAUUGUUGACUGGCUUCAAUGUCACAGAUCAACUGCUGUCAAUUGUUGACUGGCUUCAAUGUCACAGAUUAACUGGAAUUAUUUCAAAGCUAUAUUAUAAUUUAUCAGCGCCAAAUACAUUCAAAAUAAUAAGAAGUUGUCAAUCCGAGGCAAUUAUAAACCCCUCCAACCCCCUUUCCCACAUAAUUAGGGGCUGUCACUUGUAUGCAGGUGACGUCUGGUUAAUUAUACGUCCGAUGUCUACAGGUAUGCAAGCUGCGCCAAGUUUAUCUGGGAGUCUGUCCUAGGCACAGCGGGCAAUAGGGAGAUUACCUUUGAACGACUCUUGAUAGUUCUGGUAAUUAAUCGUGUCGUUGUCCCAGAGUCUCAUCAAUCAACAGUGUUAUGCUACACAGCUUCUAGUCUCAUCAAUCAACAGUGUUGUGCUACACAGCUUCUAGUCUCAUCAAUCAACAGUGUUGUGCUACACAGCUUCUAGUCUCAUACAAUCAACAGUGUUGUGCUACACAGCUUCUAGUCUCAUCAAUCAACAGUGUUGUGCUACACAGCUUCUAGUCUCAUCAAUCAACAGUGUUGUGCUACACAGCUUCUAGUCUCAUACAAUCAACAGUGUUGUGCUACACAGCUUCUAGUCUCAUACAAUCAACAGUGUUGUGCUACACAGCUUCUAGUCUCAUCAAUAAACAGUGUUGUGCUACACAGCUUCUAGUCUCAUACAAUCAACAGUGUUGUGCUACACAGCUUCUAGUCUCAUACAAUCAACAGUGUUGUGCUACACAGCUUCUAGUCUCAUACAAUCAACAGUGUUGUGCUACACAGCUUCUAGUCUCAUCAAUCAACAGUGUUGUGCUACACAAUUUCUAGGGUCAUACAAUCAACAGUGUUGUGCUACACAGCGUCUAGUCUCAUACAAUCAACAGUGUUGUGCUACACAGCUUAUAGUCUCAUACAAUCAACAGUGGUGUGUUUCACAGCUUCUAGUCUCAUCAAUCAACAGUUUUAUGCUACACAGCUUCUAGUCUCAUACAAUCAACAGUGUUGUGCUACACAACUUCUAGUCUCAUACAAUCAACAGUGUUGUGCUACACAACUCCUAGUCUCAUACAAUCAACAGUGUUGUGCUACACAACUUCUAGUCUCAUACAAUCGACAGUGUUGUGCUACACAACUCCUAGUCUCAUACAAUCAACAGUGUUGUACUACACAGCUUCUAGUCUCAUACAACCAACAGUGUUGUGCUACACAACUUCUAGUCUCAUAUAAUCAACAGUGUUGUGCUACACAGCUUCUAGUCUCAUACAAUCAACAGUGUUGUGCUACACAACUUCUAGUCUCAUACAAUCAACAGUGUUGUGCUACACAGCUUCUAGUCUCAUACAAUCAACAGUGGUGUGCUACACAGCUAUUAGUCUUAGUCAAUAGUGCCUAUUUUAUUUAACUUUACUUGUUAAUUUCGCUCAAGUUCAACUAAAAAGGUAAGCGUUAACUGAAACUUACCCCAGUGUGAAAGUUAAACUUAAAACUUACCCCAGUGUUAAAGUUAAACUGAAACUUACACCAGUAUUAAAGUUAAACUGAAACUUACACCAGUGUUAAAGUUAAACUGAAACCUACCCCAAUGUUAAACUAAAACUUACCCCAGUGUUUAAGUUAAACCGAACCUUCCCCAAGUGUUAAAGUUAAACUGAAACUUACCCCAGUGUUAAAGUUAAACUUAAACUUACCACAAUGUUAAACUAAUACGUACCCCAGUGUUAAAGUUAAACUGAAACUUACUCCAAUGUUAAACUAAAACUCACCCCAGUAUUAAAGUUAAACCUUACUUGGCGAUUGCCUCGAUUAUCAUUAAAAAAACACAACUUUAUUAACGUUAGUUAAAAUUGAACUGAUAGAGUUGCUGAUUCAACAGUUGAACUGAUAGAGUUGCUGAUUCAACAGUUAUAGAUUAUAACUAUAUAACUGAUGUCUUUGUAGAUUGACGUAAAAGCGGAAGUUCGUUUAUAUUUUCAAUUUUCACGUCUGCCUCCUACCACCCCCCCCCCAACCACACAACACACGCACUCACACUUUUACCUUCCCAUCCACCCAGGCCACGUUAAUAUAUACCUUUAUGCAUGGGGAAGGAGGGGGGUAAACAAAAUGUAUUUCUACUUGGUAGGCAGCCAACAAUAUAAGAGGGUGACAGGUUUUAAGGGAAGUGUAGUGGGGGGCUGCACCGUCAAUGACCUGGUCGUUACUGAGCCUGGUCGAGACGACACGAAGCCUGACAAGAGUUCGAAUGUAGGCUAGGCAGGAGUCAUAGGUUGUGUCAAGGUAGUGGUCGUAGGUUGUAUCAAGGUACAAGUCUUAGUUUGUAUCAAGGUACAAAUCUUAGGUUGUAUCCAGGUGCAAUUCUUAGUUUGGUAUCAAGGUGCAAUUCUUAGUUUGGUAUCCAGGUGCAAUUCUUAGUUUGGUAUUAAGGUAUAAUUGAACCUCAACUUAAAGUUGAUAUAUUUCAGCGAACAACAGGUGUCAUUUAUCUAAAUUUUUACGUAGUUUUCUGUGCCGUCAGCUGAUCUGAUGGACACAAUCGUUUGUUUUACCAACAGUUUAUGAGAUAUACUACAUUAAAUUUGUACAAUUUACCAACUGUUGUGAGAUCUACUACAUUUACUUUCUACAAUUUAACAAUUGUUGUGAGAUCUACUAAAUUAACUUUGUACAAUUUAUAAACUGUUGCAAGAUCUAAUACACGUAUUUGUACAAUUUACCAACUGUUGUGAGAUCUAAUACAUUUACUUUGUACAAUUUACCAACUGUUAUGUGAUCUACUACAUUUACUUUGUAUAAUUUACCAACUGUUGUGAGAUCUACUACAUUUGCUUUGUACAAUUUACCAACUGUUGCGAGAUCUACUACAUUUACUUUGUACAAUUUACCAACUGUUGUUUGUACAAUUUACCAACUGUGGGAGAUCUACUUCAUUUACUUUGUACAAUUUACCAACUGUUGUUAGAUCUACUACAUUAACUUUGUGCAAUUUACCAACUGUUGCGAGAUCUACUACAUUUACUUUGUACAAUUUACCAACAGUUGCGAGAUCUACUACAUUUACUUUGUACAAGUUACCAACUUUGCGAGAUCUACUACAUUUACUUUGAACAAUUUACCAACUGUUGCGAGAUCUAAUACAUUUACUUUGUACAAUUUACCAACUGUGGGAGAUCUACUUCAUUUACUUUGUACAAUUUACCAACUGUUGCUAGAUCUACAACAUUAACUUUGUGCAAUUUACCAACAGUUGUGAGAUCUACUGCAUUUACAUUGUACAAUUUACCAACUAUUGCGAGAUCUACUACAUUUACUUUGUACAAUUUACCAACUGUUAUGUGAGCUACUACAUUAACUCAGUACAGUUUACCAACUGUUGUGAGAUCUACUACAUUUGCUUUGUACAAUUUACCAACUGUUGCGAGAUCUACUACAUUUACUUUGUACAAUUUACCAACUGUUGUUUGUACAAUUUACCAACUUUGCGAGAUCUACUACAUUUACUUUGAACGACUUACCAACUGUUAUGUGAGCUACUACAUUAACUUAGUACAAUUUACCAACUGUUGGGAGAUCUACUUCAUUUACUUUGUACAAUUUACCAACUGUUGUUAGAUCUACAACAUUAACUUUGUGCAAUUUACCAACUGUUGUUAGAUCUACUGCAUUUACAUUGUACAAUUUAUCAACUGUUGCGAGAUCUACUACAUUUACUUUGUACAAUUUACCUACUGUUGCGAGAUGUACUACAUUUACUUUAUACAAUUUACCAACUGUUACGAGAUCUACUACAUUUACUUUGUACAAUUUACCAACUGUUGUUUGUACAAUUUACCAACUUUGCGAGAUCUACUACAUUUACUUUGAACAAUUUACCAACUGUUAUGUGAGCUACUACAUUAACUUAGUACAAUUUACCAACUGUUGGGAGAUCUACUUCAUUUACUUUGUACAAUUUACCAACUGUUGUUAGAUCUACAACAAUAACUUUGUGUAAUUUACCAACAGUUGUGAGAUCUACUGCAUUUACAUUGUACAAUUUAUCAACUGUUGCGAGAUCUACUACAUUUACUUUGUACAAUUUACCAACUGUUGCGAGAUCUACUACAUUUACUUUGUACAAUUUACCAACUGUUGCGAGAUCUACUACAUUUACUUUGUACAAUGUAUCAACUGUUGCGAGAUCUACUACAUUUACUUUCUACAAUUUACCAACUGUUGCGAGAUCUACUACAUUUACUUUGUACAAUUUACCAACUGUUGCGAGAUCUACUACACGUACUUUGUACAAUUUACCAAUUGUUGUGAGAUCUACUACAUUUACUUUGUACAAUUUACCAACUGUUGCGAGAUCUACUACAUUUACUUUGUACAAUUUACCAACUGUUGCGAGAUCUACUACAUGUACUUUGUACAAUUUACCAACUGUUGUGACAUCUACUACAUUUGCUUUGUACAAUUUACCAACUGUUGCAAGAUCUACUACAUUUACUUUGUACAAUUUACCAACUGUUGCGAGAUCUACUACAUAAAUUUUGUACAAUUUACAAACAGUUGCGAGAUCUACUACAUUAAUUUUGUACAAUUUACCAACUGUUACGAGAUCUACUACAUUUACUUUGUACAAACAAGACACGUGUCGACUUAGUGACCGCUCAAAGUUGUCAUUUUAUAAUUUUUUUCUUGUCAUUCUCACGCAUUCCAGAUUAUUUUGUUGGCUUGCUGAUGUCUGGUGCUACUUUGAUACGAUAUGAAUACGUUAAAAUUGGCCGGGUUAAUACUUUGGGUUAUUGCUACAGCAAAAAUUCAGGCUUACCAGAUUUUAAUAAAAAAUUAAUUUGUGGAUGGCUGGAACUCGUUAACCAUGGAUGGAAACUAAUCUAUAAGAAGGUAAACUGUAAAAUCAAACCCGGAUAUGGCGUCCCGUAGGCAGCAUGACAUUGACAAGAUGACGAUUCCGACAACUGCUGUGAUUGGAACGCAGAAGGGCACAGUGAAACACACAAGACACACCUCUGGUCAUCUGCUGCAUCAUGGUCAAUUUCCAGUGGUCUCAACUAAGUGUUGCCAUUUGAUCAAAUAGGCAAGGGCGAGACGGUGGGUCUGAUGAAGGGAGCAACUCUCCCUCUCUUUAAACAAAAAUACAGCUCAAGUCUACUACUCAAGUCGAAAAAUUGCCAUGGAUAUCUUCGCGUGUGAAAACAAUAUUAAAAACUCCACUAAAUAGAUUUCAUAUUUCCCGAAUCCUUAUUUUAGUAAUGCGAUGCUGUGUUUUUUUUUUCGGUCAUAAGUGAUCAGAUCUCGGCAAUAAUGAAGAAUGUUGUGUGAUGUUUUAUGAUAGAUGUACCUGAGAUUGUCCAGGGUGAAAUAAACGCAUUUUGGGCCACGGGAAAUGCCUGGAUCUGGAGAUCCGGGUGUUCCAAGAAAAGUGUCUGGGAUGUGAAAAGGUUUGAUGAGAAGGCGCGUGUUGUUUGUGUUCCGCCGGGAACUCACCGAGAUACAACUUGCACAUUAUUAGUUAGAAGAUGGACGCACCACGGUGCGGCCCUGCGCAGGGACGUACGACGCUGCUACUGAACGCCCUUUCAGACAUGCGUCUGCUCUCACAAAAGGGAUAAGGCCAAGAAGGUCGAUUUUCACACACUGCUCUUAAGGAGUCUUAUGUUGUCAUCUUGAAGGCACGUGAGAACACAUAUCGUCGAAGGUGGCACCUCUGCUAGUUAUUUACCAAAUGAACAGGUGGUUUGGGCUGGUGCAUAAAUACGGGAGUUUUGUGCGUUUAUUUUUGCUUGUGUAGGCCUACUAUAAUUUUUAUAAGGUAAAACAUUCUAUUUCCCCUUCAAUGUAUGAGGUGAAUUAACAGGACCAUAUGGUCAAGCCACUGGGUUAAAAAGCCUGAUUUUUUUAAUUAUUAUUUUUCUUAAGGUUAUUGUUUUUUUCGGGGGGGAUUUAUAUGAAUGUAUCUGUUAUCCUUGAAAUGCAUUGCAGCAACAUGACUGUUUAUUUUUUAUUCAGACCCUGUCUUUGUUGACUUAAAGGACAUCUAAACUAUUUUUAUAGGCUUAAAAUAUAUUUUACUGCAAAUAUUAACUAUGCUUUUUUGUGUACACCCUUAAAAGCUUGUUUUAACAUACACUUGUCUGACAUCCCUAGGGUACUUGUCUAGUGCUGACCGCCAUGAUUUCUAUUCUACACAUCGCAUUUAAAGUACCUUUCAAUUUAUUCGCGAAUGUUGAGCCAACCCUCUCUAGCGAUAAACGCAUCACAGCAGACGUCAGAUAUGUAAAACCUGGGGUUGAGGUGCGCACAGAUCACGGUGAAGAUGGGGGGAGCCAAUGGGCAGGACGUGACGUGCUAGCUCCACCAAGCGCCAGCAGCUGGACGGUCCUGGCCAACAACAAGUCCAACAACAGCCUUACCACCACGACACCUUUUGAUGACGAUUACCAGUCCGAGGGUGAGGGCACCCCACUACUGACAAACACCCCGACACCAUUUGACAAUGAAUCUGUCACCAUCACCCAACAGGAUCUUGUCAACUGUUUGACCGAGAAUGAGUCAGCGCGCGUAGAGCCAACCUCGCAAGAAACUUUGGCUCAAAAUCAAGGUGAGUUAGUUAAUGUUUUUCCAUUGAAAUAUGGAGCAAAAUAUAAGUUACUUAUUAUAACUAAAUAUAAUCUACACAUAACCUAGAUGUAAUCAACCAAUGUACACAAAACAAACAUGAGUAUAUGCUCUACAAUUUACAUUUAACAUUUCAAAAUUUAAAUAUUUUUUUUUUUUUAUAAAUACGAUAAUGCGCUUGAUUGGACGAAGAAUACAUUCACGUUAAUAUGCCGUAAAUGGAACACCUUGUUGAUCAAUCCUCGUGCAAUACAAUCCUAAGGGAACGCUUUUAUUGUUUAAAGUGGGCAAGAGGAAGACCAGAUGUAUAAUUCUUCUUCUGAAAUUUGGAUUGUCGCAUGACCAAAAAUCUGCUACGAUCUCAAAGUGAGGCUUGGUAAACAAAACCAAUCCUUGAGUCGUGCAUGUGCGUUAGAGUUCUGCGUGUGCGUUAGAGUUCUGCGUGUGCGUUAGAGUUCUGCGUGUGCGUUAGAGUUCUGCGUGUGCGUUAGAGUUCUGCGUGUGCGUUAGAGUUCUGCGUGUGCGUUAGAGUUCUGCGUGUGCGUUAGAGUUCUGCGUGUGCGUUAGAGUUCUGCGUGUGCGUUAGAGUUCUGCGUGUGCGUUAGAGUUCUGCGUGUGCGUUAGAGUUCUGUGUGUGCGUUAGAGUUCUGCGUGUGCGUUAGAGUUCUGUGUGUGCGUUAGAGUUCUGCGUGUGCGUUAGAGUUCUGCGUGUGCGUUAGAGUUCUGCGUGUGCGUUAGAGUUCUGUGUGUGCGUUAGAGUUCUGUGUGUGCGUUAGAGUUCUGUGUGUGCGUUAGAGUUCUGCGUGUGCGUUAGAGUUCUGCGUGUGCGUUAGAGUUCUGUAAUGCAAGUGAUGAGUGUGAGGGAUCUCUGAGGCGCAGGAGCACCAGUGCUCUCAAAGUUGUUAUUUCAAUGUAUACCAAAUGCUUCUGCGAUAACUCCUAUGAAAUAAAAUAAAAAAAAUAACAAAACAAAAAUUUUCUUGCCGAUAAAGUUAGAUCUAGAACUUGAAUUUUUUUAGAGAAUUUUUUAAAUUGUGUAUUUUCACACUUUUGAAGUCGGAAAAUAAAAAACGUCUGAAAAGCCAUCUUUAUUUUUUUAUGUUUUAAUAACUUUUGAAUUAAUGGUUCUAGCCGCUUUAAAAAAUUGGGCUUUAAAUAUGUAUAUUUUUGAGCAAGUUCACCUAGUUUGGAACUUCUAGGAUUAUUAGUUUAGUGGUUAUGGUUCCACAAACAUGGACCAUUUGACAAAAUGAAAAAAAAAAGCCAAUUUCUUAUCGAUUUUUAUCAAAUUUUAAAACUUCAUAACUUUUUUAUUUAUUGAGCUAUUGUAAUAAACAAGGUAUCAAAAUUCUUGUAUUAAAAAGUCCUAUCAAGAGAUUGUCCUUAAAAUGGUCUACAAUUAAAAGAUAAAUUUUGGUUUGGACUACCUAAAUUAAGAGAAAAAAAUUAGGACAUUAAAAAAAUAUGAUUAUUUGUUACCAUUGUCUAUAAUCAGGUUGUGUUUUAACUUGGGUUUAUAAUCUUUGCGGUGAUUUAUAUCCAUGUUUUAUAAAGCCACCAAUAACAAUUCGUCUGGUGAUUUAUAUCCAUGUUUUAUAAAGCCACCAAUAACAAUUCGUCUGGUGAUUUAUAUCCAUCUUUCCUUACUGACCCCCACCUCCGCACAUCGUUCUUUCUUUAUUAUGUUUAAUCAAUGGUUUACUCUUUUGUUCUAUACUGUCGGUUAACGAGCCAUUUCAAAACAAGAGAUUGGAUUUCUUAAACAGAUAAAUAUACGUAACAAUGAUAAAACAACACUAUGAGACCACUAAGGAUUAAAGAACAAUAUGGGACCACUAGGAUUAAUCAACAAUAUGGGGCCACUAGGAUUAAACAAUAAAAUGGGACCACUAAAGAUUAAGCAAGAAUAUGGGACCAAUUGGAUUAAACAAUAAUAUGGGACCACUAGGAUUUAAAAUAUUCAAUCAUUAAUUGAAGACUAAAUAUUCUUUUUCUCAGCUGAAGUGUCGCACAAAGAAGACAUCUUCAGUGGCACGGAGACUCAGACAGAUGAAGAAAUUGAAAUCGUGUUGACCUCUGUUGGCACAAUGACCUUGAGUCCUAAUCUGGUGGACGUGUCUGUCAACACCCACCAGAGGGUGUGCAAGAUAGUGAAGUAGGUGUUGAAAUGUCUGUAGCGUUCUCCUGAAUACGAGUGUUAAUAUCUUUUGAGCACAGAAGACGGUGUACCAUACCAUUUAUAUAUAAUUUAAAUUUAUCCUGAACCAAGUUUACACUUAAGGUUAAUACAAAUACAUUAUAUAAAGGUGAUGACUAAAAACAGAGCACUUAUAGUCAGAGUCACAGUCAGAAUCACAGUUAGGGCCAGAGUCACAGUUGCAGUCAGAGUCGCAGUCAGAGUCAGUCACAUUUACAGUCAGAGUAACACAGUCAGAGUAACAGUUACUGACAGACUCACAAUCACAUUCACAGUCAGAGUGGCAGGCAGAGUCACAGUUGCAGUCAGAGUCAUUGUCACAGUCACAGCAGCACAGUCAGAGUAACAGCUACUGUCAGAGUCACAGUCACAUCCACACUCAGAUUCACAGUUACUGUCAGAGCCACAGUCAGAGUCACUGUCACAGUCAGAGUCACAGUUACAGCCAUGUGAUAUAAUUUUAAGGCAUGCAAUGCUAAAAGUAAAUGUGAAAGUUACAAAAAUGCCUCUUCCUGGACCGGAUCUCUAGCAAAGCCGUCAUACGGGCCCUCCAACACAUGCGACUGGACGAGGCCUAAGUUAUUUAAGGGUCCCAAGUUGUGAAGUGUAAAAUAACUUAAUGAUAAUGCAAAAUAUUUUCGGUUUUCGCUAUUUAUAUAUUUUAUUUUAAAAUUUCAGGAAUUGUGGGACUUCAACAUCCGGGCCUUUCAUGAAGAAACUCCGUAGAGCUCAACGUCUGCUGAAAGAAGCAAAGUUCAAGGCCAAAGUGGAGCGACAAGAAAAGGUGGGGAGAUGGAGAGAAGUCAUGGACAGAUACAAAGAGAAACGUAAGAGUUUGUUGUUUUUUUUUAAAUUGUAAUUACAAAUAAAUUAAAUUUCUUUAAUGUAUCAUGUUGCUAUUGGUAUGUGGUACAAUGACAGCGUCUAAAAUAGAUGGUAAAUCAGCGGUGACAACUUGUGCUGGUGCAAUUUUAUCUCACUUUCAAUCAGUGCUAGAAUAUUGACUCUGCUGUCUAUAGGCAUCAGACAAUUACAUACCGGUAUUUAAAAUGCUAGACUCUUAGGCUAUUAAUACUAGCAGAAAACGGUAAUGGUAAUCUGAGGAGGUGGUAAGUUGUACGUGAUACACUCAAUAUCAUUUUUAUUACUGUGAAUCGGGAAAUUUAACGACUUUAUGAGCGAAUAUAUUUACCACGGAGAAAUACAAAGGAAGGCUGUGAUCACGAAAUAACAACUAAGUUAGAUAAAGCAACAAGGAACAAAAGGGAAUAGAAAAGUUGGGGAUAAGGUACACCAAUAGAUAGUUUAUUUUCUGACCAGAUCAGUUGUCUAGGCUAGUAGUGUACUGUGGUUUUUUUAAAUUUUUAAUGUUUAUGCCCCCCCCCCCUGUUUUUUAAAAUAUUUUCUUAAGGCUUCGGCCUUCAGGUUCAUUAUUUGAUGGUAAAUAAAACUCUAGGAAUCAUAAGCUAUUAUCUUAUUCUCUGUCUGCAUGUCUCUGUCUCUCUCUCUCUCUCUCUGACUUUCUCUCUCUAAGUGUCUUAUCUGUCUCUCUCGGUCCAUCUCUCUCUUUCUCUGCCUCUCUCUCCUCUCUGCCUCUCUCUCUGCUCCUCUCUCUCUCUCGCUGUACUUCACUCUCUCUUUAUUUCACUCUCUCUCUAUGUCACUCUCUCUCUCUCUGUGUGUAGCUCUCUGCCUGUCUCUCUCUGUCUCUCUCUCUCUCUCUCUCUCUCUCUCUCAUUUCUCACAUAAAGCAAUUCUUUUAUUCACCUACACGAAACACUUCAAUGUGUUGAGAUUGAAUUUAUUUUACUGCUGUCUACAGUGACGAAGCUCUUUGAAAAUCUGGAGAAAAAAGAUCGACUUUUGGGCUACACGGCCCUGAACAGAGCACUCUCUGAAAACGAAGUCAAAGAAAUUUGCACAGCUGUAAGGUAUUGGCAGUGAUAUUUUAUUCCUUUGUUUAAAUACGUCACAUUGGGAAUGUCGUCGGUGGGUCCUCGAUCGUGAGCUCUUAAUACCUUCCCCCACCAGCACAUCUCCACACGGACCAGGCGCCGGGUCUCCCCGCCCACACCUGCGGCGGCACGCCGGGAACCUCCCCCCCCUGGCCUGGGGAACGUCAAGUCGACCGAAAACGCUGCGUUUAAAGCAUUCGCGGUCCACUCUCCCUUGGGUCUGGGCGGCUUUGGUUCCACUCCGGGAAAGGGGGGGGGGGUGUUGCGUUACCUCCCCCACCGCCAAAUGAGUCUUUCGGCCGGGACGGAAGUUGGGACGAGAACAUUCUGUUAAGAUAUUGUUUGCAGAGUUGACACCAAUCAAAUUUUCUUUAUGGUUAUUAAUAGAACAAUAGCGUCGAUCUUUGCUAUUGUAACUAGGAACAUCAGAUGACAAGACCAGUGCCAGAUUAAAAUUCUGGGGGGACGCAGGCAGUUCAGAUUUUUGGGCACCCUCAAAAUAUUAUAUUUUAAUGUCAUGUCAGCAGUGGCGUAGCUCAGGUUGCUGCUGCACAGGGUGGGCUAAGCUUAUUGCCAAAUUCAUUCAACAAGUGUGGAACCCCCCCCCCCUUUUUUCCCCACGCCUUUCCUGCACCAAUGCACAUUAGUUAACGGUAAUUUUAUUUUAAAUAAAAAUCAUUUUAAAAUAUUUUAAAAUACGUGUGUUACGUAUUGUUUAUUCUAAGAACCAAAUCUAAAAAAACAGAUUAAAUCUUCUAAACCAUGUAUCAGUACUGGACAAUAACAUUAUGCUCUGCGUCUCAUUACUUACCUUUAUUUUCAUUGCUUUUUGACUGACAUUGUGCCUCCUCCACCUUUUUAAAGUCACUUUGAUAUUUUUUUUUUUUUAAUCAAAGCCGGCCCACUCCUCCCCCUUCAUUCCUAUGUUAGGGAUAUUGGCCUACUUACGAUAACUUAGGUUUAUUGACAAUUCUAGCAGCUUCCUGAGGCUAUCGCCCGGGGUGGCCACCCAUUAGACGACCCCGCUUCGCAUGACCCUUGCUAGGGCUCCCCCCCCCCCAAUUGGGGGCUGCACCCAAACAAAGCCAUGUCUUCCGGUAAUAAAUAAAAAGAGGGGAAUAAAAUAAAAACGCUGAGAGCCCCUUUAAUCAGCUUCCUUGGGCUAUCGCCCGGGGUGGCCACCCAUUAGACGCCCCCGCUUCGCAUGACCCUUGCUAGGGCUCCCCCCCCCCCCAAUUGGAGGCUGCACUCAAACAAAGCCAUGUCUUUCGGUAAUAAAUAAAAAGAGUGGAAUAAAAUAAAAACGCUGAGAGCCCCUUUAAUAUCAUGGCGGAUGACUUUAAUAUCAUGACUGAUGAAUUUAAUAUCAUGACUGAUGAUUUAAUAUCAUGAAUGAUGACUUCAAUAUCAUGACGGAUGACUUUAAUAUCAUGGGGAACACGUUAAAUUAGCGCGAGGUCCCUAUAUGGCGUUAGGUCCCUAGAAGGCACUAGGUCCCUAGAAGGCACUAGGUCCCUAGAAGUUGCGAGGUCCCUAGAAAGAAGGUGCGAGGUCCCUAGAAGGCGCGAGGUCCCUAGAGGGCAUGAGGUCCCUAGAAGGCGCUAGGUCUCUAGAAGGCGCGAGGCCGCUAGAUGGCGCUAGGUCCAGAGAUGGCACUAGGUCCCUAGAUGGCACUAGGUCCCUAGGCGCGUGCCUCAUUCGCCUUACUUCAACGUAUAGGUAAAACGUCCAUCACUUUUCUCUCACUUUUUAUUAAAUCCUUUGCGUUAACUUCGCUUUUGUUCGUGUCUUUCUGGCUUGGUGGCAAAAACUUUGGACGGCUUAAAGACCCACUUCCCGUCAACUUUGCGAGCUGAAACUUAACACAUAGAUUCGCUGCCGAUGAUAACAUAUUCUAUCAAAUCUUAAGCCCCAAUACCACCCCCCAAAAUCAUUUCUUCCUGUUUUCAAGGGGAAUAUGAAGAAAAUAUGAUGCCACUGAUUUCAGACAUUAAAUUACUGAUAAACUGCACUAAGUGAGAUUGUUAAAUAAAAAAUAGAUCGCAAGUGCGUUUUGUGCGUAAUAUUUUCUUUUGGUUUUUUUCUGAAAUAGUUAAUGAAAUAAAUCUGUGGUGUAAAAGUGGGUGGGCUAUUAGAAUAUCUAUAUAGUUCAGGGGUGUGAAAAGAGUGUGCGCUUGCGAGCGGGGGGGGGGGUGUUAAUUGGGAUUCUUAAAAAGUGCACUAAUUGAAUACAUUGUUGUCAAAUUUUCAGCACCGUUCCCAAACUGCUCGGUGUCACAUUUUAUCCAGGAUUCAUACGAAAAACUUUGUUUUGAUUUUGUUUUGAUUGACGUCAUUGAUUUCACGUGUAACACUUUACCACCCCCCCCCACACACACACACACUUUUUUCCCUUGAUUAUGCGAAAGUUGUUUACUUUCUAUUCGUUCUGAAGAAUGCUAUUGGGCGAUGCAAUUCAUAUAUUUUUUUCCAGAGGGCUCUAACUCCCUCCCUAUAAAUAAGCCGUCAGUUUUCUCAGCCAGUAGAAUCAUUUUUUUUAUUUUCCUAGACAUUUACGAGACGUAAUUUGGAGCCCUCCAAAUUUUAUUCUGCGUGUGUGUGUGUGUGCGUUUGUGUGUCUGUGUGUGUGCGUGUUUGUGUGUGUAUGUGUAAUUUAUUUAUUUUUUCUUUCGUGGAUUAUACCUUUUCCCUGUAAGUUAAUAUAGUUUUAUUUCUAUAUAUUUGAUUUGGUAUUAUACAAAAAAAAUGUAAUAGUUUGUUGAAUUGAACAUUGUUAGAAUCACUCGCUUUGGUAUCGUAUUCUUUUGAUACUGGUUUUCAGUCCUUUAUUUCUCAACAAACGAGCCAAAUUUUAAAACAGAUUAAAUUUGCAAAACUAUGUAAACUUGAAAACAGAAAGCUUGUCUUCCUUGGUGGCAUCGUUCGUACCUGACAAAAAUGUAAACAUAGGGUUUGAGUUUCGAUUGAUAUGUUUAUGACAUCAAGACAGAGACUUUGUUUCGCAAUUGUUUAAUGUUAAGUUCGUGUUUGUUUCAGGUCUUCUAGGGACCGUCUUCACACCCAGUGCAAGCUAAACUCAGCUCUAAGGGAGGUCAUUGAGAGCAAGAGCGAAACCCCGGCGCCUGUAUGCCCGACAAGUGGCCCGGCCCCGUGCCGAUAGUCAGCACGCGCAGAUGGUCAAAACACACCGAUAGGCAACCCACGCAGAUCGUCAACAUGAGCAGAUAGUCAACAUGCGCCGUUUGUCAACGCACGCUCCGAUCGUCGAAACGCGCAGAUGGGCAACACGCGCAGAAAGUCAACAUGGCUGCUGUAACGUCAUCCAGAAACGCAUUUGUGCUCACCCUUUGUUUUAAAAAGUGAUACUCUACGAUGAUCCCUGAAAAAUAUUUUAAGAUGAUAUUUAAACGUUGAUUUAUCGUGUUUUUUUUUGGACAGUGACUUGUUUCCUAUAGUUAUCUACCACUGUGUGUGUACACACAUCGUCUCGAAUUCCAGUUUGACCUUACCGCCUGUAUUAAGAUAAUAUUGACUAAUUUACACUCGAUAAGAUGAUUGUGUUUUUUUAAUAUAAAUAUAUGAAGAUGUAAAGAGAGAUAAGAUAGUGGGGGAAAAUGGAGCAGGUUGUUACGUAUUGGUUGUAAUGUUGAUAUCAGUAAGCUUCACAUCGCAUCUUUCAUACUUUAAAA